CUCUGUGCUGUCUGGCUAAACCCGGCGCUUGUUACAUUAGAGCGCGUUUAUUAGGGGUCCAAACUUUUAUGACAAAAUGGCAAAGGACGGAGAAAAAAGCGGGUGGAAGGAGUUUAUAUGGAACCCGAGGACGAGGGAGUUUCUGGGCAGGACGGCUAGCAGCUGGGGCCUUAUUCUUCUCUUCUAUGUAGUUUUCUACAUCUUCUUGGCCGGCAUGUUUGCACUCACCAUGUACGUCAUGCUGCAGACCUUGGACGACCACAAACCAACCUGGCAGGACAGGCUCUCCACACCAGGCAUGGUGAUUAGACCCAAAGCAGAUGAGACCUAUGAGAUUGUCUAUAGCAUCCAGAACACUGAGAGCUGGGACAUGUACGCUCAGGCCCUGGACAAGUUCCUGUCACCCUACAACAACUCCAUCCAAGCUGAGAAAAACAACGAGUGCACCCCAGACCAGUACUUCCAGCAGGACGACAGCGGCGACGUGAAGAACAACCCAAAGCGCUCCUGUCAGUUCAACCGCACCUUUCUGGAUGAAUGCUCUGGAAUCGGUGAUCGUUACUAUGGAUACCAGGAGGGCAAGCCAUGCAUCAUCAUCAAGCUGAAUCGGGUGAUUGGGAUGCUGCCAGGAAAGGGUGGACAGGCUCCGUUUGUCACCUGUGGUGCAAAGAAAUACAGAGUUGGCAAAGAUGAAUGGAAAGAAGACUCUGACAAGAUCGGAGAGUUGUUGUACUUCCCUCCAAAUGGCACUUUCAACCUUAUGUACUACCCUUACUAUGGCAAGAAAGCUCAGGUGAACUACUCUCAACCUUUGGUUGCCGUCAAGUUUCUUAACAUUACUGCCAAUCAAGAUGUCAACAUCGAGUGCAAGAUCAACGCCAACAACAUUCCCCUCGGAAGUGACAGAGACAAGUUUGCCGGAAGAGUGUCUUUCAAGCUGAGGAUCAACACCAUUAACUAGGUUGACCUUUUCUUCCUCUCCUGAAAACUACUUUCUUCAUUCUCUGCAACAUUGCACAUACACAGAAACAAAUCUCAGUAUUCACACCCUUUGUAGGAUUUGUUUACAACCCCCCACACUUUUGUGGGGGGAAAUCGUUUGUCCAAGUUGUGUGAUGAGAUGGGGAAAGAGGAAAAAGGGUGGUAAUUCUGUCAUUAUUUCUGUCUGUGAGCUUUGGGACAAGUUCUUUUUCUGUAAAUUAGUUUGAGGUGACGUCUAUUUAUACUGCAUGACAAACUAGGGGAUGUAAAGGAUGUGAACAUGUGUUUUCAAAAGUUUGCAAGGAUCAGCAACAUUAACACGUUAUUGCUGCUCCCCUCCUGCUGCCUCCUUAUAGAGUACCCCUCUAUAUACAAAUAUACACAACUUACAAUACAAAACGUGUAUAUCUACAGUAUUUAUACGGUAUCAUAACCUUAUAACAGUACGUCUAUUUUGUUGCACUUAAAAGAAUAAUCCAACAGACAGUAUAUCUUAAUGAUGGAUGCAGAGAUGAAGCCAUUUUGCAUGUGUGUAUUGUCUUUAGUGUGCUACGAGGGGCAGGAGUGUCCCACCUCUCUGCUACGUGUGAAAUAAGGUUAUGUUAUAAACCGCUGACCACCGGGAGGGGCCACACUGUAAUCUACUAAACCUUACACACAGCAGCUGUGUGUUUCGAUAACAACAUACUGUAAGACAAAAAAUGGAAGUUACAGUAGAGGUCAAAACCUUUAAGAGUGUGUGUGCGUGUGUGUGCAUGUGUGUGUGUUUGCGUGUGUGCUCCAUUCACAGGUCCCAUUUCAUACUGUAGGUCGGGAAGUUGCAUGCAAUGUGCAAUAUUCAUUAAGUGGCAUACAUUAUGAAUGCCUGAGUCCAUUCUUCGGAUGAAAAGACUCCCAUUAAAUGAUAAUUAUUUUGGAUCAUUUGAUAUUCACGCUGGUUGUUUGACCAGCUUGUGAAACAGAUGUGCGUCAUAUUUGGGUCGCUGGGAAUCAACACCAUGGAUGUCAAAUAAAUUACGAAAGGAGACAUGCUACUGACGUCUUAAACAUUACAUUAAUUUGACAAAAAAACAAUCAGCUAGUGGCUAAACAGAACUUUAGCUUCCAGGCUCCAAAACCAACCAUCUGAAUAUCAAAUUCCCCCAAAAAAUCCCUGUCACUGUGUCCAUCAUUGUAUUCCCAAAGCUAAACUAAGAGCCAUUUUCUUGUGUCUCAAUUUUUAAUUAAUUUAAACACGAAUAUUUAGAGUUUUUUUUUGUUUUUGCGUGAUUUGCAUCUAUUUCAUAUGUAUCAGAAAUAGAUGCCAUUGUCAUAUUUUGUAUUGAUUUACACUUGAAGUGUGCUUUGAAUUCAUUCAUGUACAGUUUUGGAGGGUGUAGAAAGUUCUCUUUCUUUCAAAAACAUUCAUCCAAGGUAUCAAAAUGUAUAGUUUACAUAUUCUUUUAAUGGUGACUAGAGUCUUGAAUAUGUGAGUUGGUAGUUUUGUUUUCUAGUCCUGUAGGAAAUGAACAAAACUGGAGAUUUGCUUACAUAGAAAAGGAUAUUUUUUCAUUGAAUUUGUUGUUUUCUUGUAGUAUUCUCCACUGUUGUGUGAAUCAAUCUGAAGGCAAUCAUGAUAACUAGACAACCGGUUGAAAAAGCAUAGACUAGGCCUGAGUUUGGUGCUGUUUACUUAAUGUGCAAUCAUCGUGCAGUACAAGAAGAAACACAUGUUAAUGUUGGCUGUAGAAAUCUGUGGAGUCACACUUUUAAACUCGCAUCACUUUGGCACGGCUACCAAAUUGUACCAACGCGACUGUGAUCCUGUCAUCGCAAGCAAAUGUGGAACACAAGCAUCUGUUCGCUCACAUUAAGGUCUGGCUCCACUCCACCACUUAAUUUCUCUCCGAGCAAUGUGUUUCUCUCACAAACAUCUCACAUAGGACCUCAUUAUAUGAUCCAGACAUGAUAAAAGAAUUAGAUCUAAUGCGAUUAUCUGAUCUAUAUCUGAUUCAUAAUGAAGGAUAUGCUCCAACAGUCAUCUGAGGCUCUUUUUUUGUGCUUUUUGUGACCGUCCACUGAGCAGUUCACAUGUAUUUCUCCUCUGGCAUUCCUGCAACAUUUACUUAAUUUCUCUGUAAUCUCUUAAUCUGGUCAACUAAUCCAGAGCAGGCACGCUCAACUUCUUUACCCUACUUUGUCGCUCCUCCUCCUCGUGUCAAAUGCCUGAAUCUUCAAAAUGGAUAAAGAAGGCUCAUUUUUUUUCAAUACAUUCAAUCCUAUUUCAACCCCAAUCAUUCUUAAAUUUUAAAUCACAACACGGCAAAUGAAAUAUUUUGUUUCUACACCAAAUUGGACAUUCUUGUUUUCCUCAUGUGCGUGUGAAGAUUAGUUCUUCAACCAAAGAUCUUCAUGACAGUUUUAAAUUUGAUUUAUUUGUGCUGCACUGAUACAUCCUCAGCAGAGAUACUGUAGGAUCCAGGCGGAGGGCUGUGUUAUUAAAAGGCCUACUUUAUUAAUAUUAAUAAUAAUAAUAAUAAUAAUAAUACGCACAAAAGGAACAUGUUUCACAACAACAUAACAGUGCCUCCUGGUGGACAGACAGUGUUGUUCCCCAGUGUCACAGAAUGUUAUUUCCUGUCCAUUUAUCUGGGUUUUUUUCUGUGAUAAUUUGGAGAUGUCCUCAAAAAGCAAUAUAUUUAUUUCUUGUGUGGCUGUAUGAUGUGUUUAUUAGCAAACUCAGUGUUAUCAUCAAAAGUAAGGGAGAAAUAGGAAAGAACGUACAGAUAUAUGCAGUCAGGCAACUUUGCCGGUGUGCAUUAUCAUGAUGGAAUACUAUCAAAAAGUGUUGUUUUAUUUAUAAAAGAGUAUUUUUAUUGCUAUUUUGUUGUAAAGAGGAGAGAAUGUAUAACCUUGGAUUGUAUCGUGUUGUGGGAGCUACCUGGUAGGUUUUCAGCAUUUAAUUCAACAAAUGGCAAAAUGUUAACAGCUUGGUUGGAAAAGUUUUUGUUUUUUAUGUAGAAACAUUUUUUUUGUCAUGGUUUGAGUCCUUUCUACUUUCUUAAAUUGAGCUCCUAAAGCUUGCAAUGAAAGCUCUCUGAACACUGGGGUCUAUUGUAUCAGAAUAAAAGUAUAUUGAUAGUGAAUACAUCAGAAAGAGCUUUCAGAGAACUUU